CUAGUCAAAUGGCAACUGUUCUGGAGGGCACAAAAAUCGAGGAGAAGAAACUUCAAGAUCUACUUCAAAGUGCAAAAGACAUUGCACUUAUUAAUGGUGCUUUAAUGAGGACAAAAGAAAACCCAGGGUCAUCUGCUGUGGUCAAUCAUUCUCCUUUCACUUUAUUUCCAUCUGUUGUGCCUCAGAAUUUACUGGAAAAAGCCAAGGACAUCCAAAAGUCCUUCAAUCUUCUGAUGCAUAGAGUUUCUCAUGACCACCAGUUCAUGGAGCAAGCAUUGCAGAAUGUUAUCAAAGUAGAUGACUUUACAAGACAACUAUGGAACAUUUACAACACUGUUAGAGAAGAAGGCUUUAAACAGCCAGUGUCCCUAGGCCUGUUCAGAAAUGAUUUUAUGAUGGACACUAAGAAAAUAGAGAAGAAUGCAGACUGCUCAUUGUCUCAAAUUGGCGAGCAUGCUCAGCUAAAACAGAUUGAGUUUAACACCAUAGCAUCAAGUUUUGCUGGAUUAGUUGGGGCACUGUCAGAUGUACACAGAUACACAAUAGCUAAAUCCAAGAUUAAAUAUACGAAAACUCAGUUACCAAGAAAUGACCCAGCCCUUGGUUUGUGUCGAGGAAUAGUUAAAGCAUGGCAACACUAUGGAAACAAAAAUGCAGCCAUCUUGUUUGUGGUCAGCGUACCUGAGCAGAACCACAUGGACCAAGUUUGGUUGGAGAAGAAAAUCAUAGAGAUAGAUCACUCAAUAGAUGUAGUCUAUUAUAGUUUACAAUCGCUAUCCUCUAGUAUGUCAGUGUCUCCAGACAAAAAACUCUUUGUUAACAAUACAGAGAUAGCUGUUGUCUACUUUAGAGAAGGAUACUCCCCAAAUCAUUAUCCUAGUCAAAAGGAAUGGGAUGUAAGGCUCAGUAUAGAAAGGUCAAAAGCCAUUAAGUGUCCUACAGUUCACUAUCAGCUGGCAGGGACCAAAAAAAUCCAGCAGGAACUGGCAAAACAAGGGGCUGUUGAAAAGUUCAUCAGUGAUGAAAAAGAAGCAGUAAAGAUUCGAUCAUUUUUUGCAGGCCAAUACAGUCUGGAUCUGGACCCUGAAGGAGACAACAAUGCAGAGAUGGCAAUUAACAAUCCUCAAGACUAUGUGUUGAAGCCACAGAGAGAGGGUGGAGGGAACAACCAUUAUGAUGAUGAGAUUAAAACUCUGCUAUCAGAUCUGAGGAAUGAUGAGGAACGAGCAGGAUACAUUCUCAUGGAAAAAAUCUACCCCUGGGUACAGGAGAAUUACCUUAUCAAGGUGGGAGAGAACUCUGUACUAAGGAAGGUGGUCAGUGAGAUUGGAGUCUAUGGAACCAUACUGGGGUCAGCCGAAGAAGUGAUGGAGAAUGAAGAAGUGGGACAUCUGAUGCGGACUAAACACUUAGGAGUGAACGAGGGGGGUGUAAGUACGGGAUACUCCUGUCUGGACACACCCUUUCUUAUUGAAUAGAUUUUAGACCAUUAGAUAAACUGUUCAUAGUUUUAUUUCAGAUUUGUUGAAUAUUUUAAGAGAAUUAAGGAAUAAAGACUAUUUCAGAUUGAUAGUAAGUUUAAUUAAUGCACAUGAAAAGAUCUGAAAACUAUACAGUGUCAUAAAAUAAUGGUACAAGUAUAGUUUUUUGUUCAAGUACUUAUAGCCAUAUGUAGUCAGCUUUAAUUUAUUUUAGUUGUCUCUAUAAAACAUGUAUAAUUGAUGUUGUAUUUAUUAUAAUGCAUUGUUAAAAUAUUGCAUUUUAGAUAGUUUUAGUUACAUUCCUGCUCAAUAUUCCUUCACUGAAAGAUUUUUUUAGGGGUACAUAUAUUUUUUCAAAUUGUUGUUAUACCAUAUGCCAUUUUAUCUCCCCCACCUUCUGGGGAAAAAGUGGGAGAAAAUGUUUUUUGAACAGAAUUAAUUUUAAAAAAGAAGAGCAUGUCUUCAUUGUUCCCUUCUUUGUGAAAGAGAGAAUAAGUAAUAUUAGGUCUUAUCAUCGAUAUGUCACACAUCUGUGUUUGAAAGACCUUUUUUCUAUCAAAUACGCCAGCUUUAAACUUUCACUAUUUAUGUGUAGUGCAAGGGUAGUAGACAUAUUUGGGCAUUUUGAAGGACAAUGCACAAUUUCAAAGUACAACAAACUUUACUAAAUUGGUGUAAAGAGAAUACCUACCAGUAUUUAAUGAUGAUGGAAGUUAUAUCUAAAGAUCACUUGCAUCACUCAGUUGAACUGAUGCUCUAGCUCUGCUUUAUGUCUGUUAUUGUGCAUUUGCAGGUUGAGCACAGACAUAAAUACCGCUAUGAUAGCAGUAUAAUAGUCUUAUUAUGCUUUAUUUUGAUACACUUACACCAUCAAUUUUGUCCAAACAGUCCUAGUCAAUACUGUAGGCUAUGAACAAUAUAGAUAUUGUACAAUUCAUUUUACUCACACAAGAAAAUUAUUUAACUUUUCAUCAGUACAUUUAUUAUACAAUAUCCCCCUCCCCCUUGAAAGGUGGGGGUAUAUAUAUAGUGAUUAACAUGUCUGUCUGUAUGUCUGUACAUCUGUUACAUUUGUUACAUUUCCCUUAUCCAACUCCUCUUGCAAUUUAAUGAAACUUUCACGAAAUCUUUAUUACAAAGUGGCAUUCUGCAGCUUCUAUUUUACGUUUCAAUCAGACAUAUAUAUUUGGGCUUUCCCAUAGCAAAAUAAGGACACUAUUCUUUCUUUAGUACUGGGGGUACCCAUUUUUAUUAGCAACUUUUCUUAUACCACUGAAUAAAAUUUUAAGAGACUUUAAAUUCACAUAAUUUUUAUUACAUAGUGCCAUUGUGCACCUCCUAUUUUACAUUUUGAUUGGACAGAUAUUUGGGGUUUCCCUUAUCAAAACGACUGUGCCAGUCGUGGUACACUUGUGGGUAUAGCCAUCACUUAUCCACAACUCCUCUUAAAUUAAUGAAUGCAUAUUAAUGAAAUUUUCACAGAACUUCUAUUAUAAAGGCCAUUUUGCACUUCCUGUUGGAUAUGAAAGAUAUUAGUUUCCUAUAGCAAAACAUGGACAUGCAUUGACAUUCUUUAUUUAACAUUGGGGAACCCAUCUCUUAUCCACAACUCCAUCCUAUACCACUAAAUAAAAUUUAAUGAGACUAACAGAGAAUCUUUAUUUUAUAGUGCCAUUGUACACCUAUUUUACAUUUUCAAGAAAUAGAAAAGGGAGGGGGUGCAAAAGGAGUUUAAAAUUUUUCAAAGAAAUGUUAAGGAAAAAUCACUAUAAUCUUUUUCAAAGUACAAAGCAACAAAAUGUCACAUUCAUAUGUAGUCAUUGUUAUGCAGUGCAGAAUCAAGUCAGUUUAAUAGCAGGGUAUUUUUUUCAUGGUGUAUUACAAAGUUCAUGAAAAUUUUCACCCAAAAACAAGAUUUCUAAUUGAAAAUACCUUAAUACAAUGUAGACUGAAAUUUGUCUUAAUCAUUGCUGUAAUUGGACCACAUGAAGGUGCAUUUAUAGGACACUGAAAUUUUACAAAGGAGUAUAGAUGAGGUGGAGAUGGAGUAAAAAAAAAGAUAGACUUUCACAUAAAGCAUAGUAAAGCAUAGAGUCAACAUGUAUGUUAAUAAAUGUGUUUUAUUUCUUUUUCUUAUUUUUAAUGACAUGCUCAGUGUGACAUUACUAGGCUUCUGAAUCACAACAUUGAAUUGUAUAUGUAUGUAACGGUACAUGCAUUAAAAAAAAAAGACUAGGUAUUGCUGAUAUAGAUCCAAUUAUUAUAGCAAAUGGAAUAUUGUAAAUUCAAAGAUAUUAUUAAAUACAUGUAUAUGGUAUAUUGUUUUGAUAAAUCUUUUUUUUUUUUUUGGAUGUGUACAGUGUACAUCUGAUGUAUGGUCAUUUUAAUUGAUACUGAGAUAAUCUGAGAAAGUUUAAUUUGUGAUGUUAAUUGUGUAAGUAGUAAUGUUUUUUUUUUAACUUAUUUUAAAUGUAUAGCCUUGUUUACAACAGAUGUCACAGCUAAUUUCUCAUGAUGUGCAAUAUGUUUUAACAAAAGUUCUCAAUUCAAAUUAAUUCACCUAUUAUUAAGAAUACAGGCAUUGACUGUAGAAUUUCUUCUCCAUUGUCAGUCUUUCAGAUUUAUUUAUAUUAUUUUACUGUGUACAUUGUAUUGAUAUCUUAGAUUCAUCAAGAAUAAACAGAAAAUAAUUGCCA